CCCGAUAAGAUAACGCAGCCACUCAACCUCCCAACUUCACAUCGUCAACUCCUCAACACCAUCACCGCCUACACCGCCAAAUAAACCCCCAUAAACACACAAUAAUUCCGAAAAUUUCUCUUCAGUCCCAAUCGCGCCACGCACACAUUCAAAAUCCACCAUGACGCCCUCGUCGCGCUGGGCCGACACCGAAGAAGACGCCGCGCUCGCCCAGCAAGCCAAGCUCGAAAAAGAGGAAAAGCGACGUAAGCGCGCCGAGAAGGUCCGUAAAGCAGAGGAGGCUGCCGCAGCGCAACAGGCAGAAGAAGCAGCCCGGCCGCCAAAGCGCAGAAAAACAACACCCACGCCCGAUGAAGACGACGAUGGCAUCCCCGCCAUACUCCUCCGCUUCGAAGCUCGCACCUUUGGUCCCAGUGCAAGCAUAGACGGCUACGAGAAGCUCAAUGACAUUGAAGAAGGCACAUAUGGCUACGUGGCGCGCGCAACGCAGAAGCGCACCGGCAAAGUUGUCGCACUCAAGAAGCUCAAGUUCGAGAAGGGCGACCGCAACGGCCUGCCUGUGACAGGUCUGCGCGAGAUCCAGAUCCUCCAAAACUGCAGCCACAAGAACAUUGUAUCACUAGAAGAAGUCGUUGCCGGCAAUGAAACAACAUCUCUAACAAACUCCAUAUAUCUCGUACUCGAAUUCGUCGAGCACGACCUCAAAUCCAUCCUAGAAGACAUUCCCUCACCAUUCCUCGCCUCCGAAAUCAAAGCCCUUAUGCAGCAACUCCUAUCUGCAACAGCCUACCUACACGCCAACGCCAUUCUGCACCGCGACCUCAAAACCUCCAACCUUCUCCUCAACAACCGUGGCAUGCUCAAGGUUGCAGACUUUGGCAUGGCACGCUAUGUCGGCGACCCAAGCCCCAAGCUCACGCAACUCGUAGUAACGCUCUGGUACCGCUCACCAGAGCUCCUCCUCGGCGCCAAAACAUACUCGUCUGCUGUCGACAUAUGGUCUGUCGGGUGUAUCUUUGGCGAGCUCAUUUCACGCGAGCCGCUCUUGCAGGGCAAGAACGAAGUCGACCAAGUGACCAAGAUAUUUGGGCUGCUAGGCACGCCAGAUGAAUCUUCCUGGCCGGGAUUCAGGAGACUACCACACGCAAGACACCUGCGUCUCCCUUCGUCAUCAACAGCGCCGCCGUCUCUGCGCACAGCGUUUCCAAGUUUGACGAGCGCGGGCGCGGAGCUGCUGACGGAUAUGCUGGCGCUCAACCCAGAUAGAAGACCAUUGGCUGAUGAGGCGCUGCGACAUGAGUACUUUGCACAAGAUCCAAAGCCCAAGCCAGAGAGCAUGUUCCCUACCUUCCCCAGCAAGGCUGGACAAGAAAAGAGGCGGCGACACGAGCCGCAUGCGCCGGGGAGAGGAGAGAAGAAUACACUUGCAGAUGCGGAUUUCAGCGGCAUCUUUGGCCGGGACAAGGAAGAGCGCGGUGGCGGAUUUGCAUUACGAAUGGUGUAGGUUGGAGAUUAGUGAAGCCUCCCAAUACCAAUUGAGAUAACAGAUAGCAGGGGCUAAACACAUGUGCAUAUAUAAAAGACUGGCAGAGUAGAAGAGAAUAGUGUUAUUAAAAGGCUAUACACAAGGUUUCCAGGCAGGCCAUGCGCCAAAUCAUCAAGUAUUCCCCCAAAAGGAGGCAAAAAAUAAAGCAAAAAUCGUCAUACAAGAAACGCCAGCUGUGAAUAUAUGGCAAACUCUGAACUCGUCAAAGACAAAACGCCGUACGGCCGUAGUAGUAGUACCCAAAAGAAGAAUUUUAUACUGUCCUGUCACGCAGGAACGGGCUUGUUUAGACAAUACCGGCACUAGUGACAAACAUGGUGAAUGUCGCAACGCUGAGAACAGUCAUUGUCAGCGCAAGGCCAACAGCGCUGCCGUACAUGGAGCUAGCAGCACUGGCGCAGCCGCUGCACUGGUAGUCGGGCAAUGACACAUAGGGUUGAGCGCGGUAAAGCAUAAGCUUCAAAACCUGGUCAGGGCGCAAGUAACCGGGCUUGAGUUGUUGAUCGAGGGGAACAUCGGAAUCCUUGACAAUGAGCUGGUAGUCGGAGUCAAGAAGUGGUGCACUCUUAUCGCUGCCCUGAACGGUGGUAUCCCAGACAUAGUUGACGGCACUUGUAAAGCUCAUGUUGGCCGUAAGGGUCCAUCGGGCCUUUGCGAUAGUUUGCGUAAGAACGACGUCGACAGCGGUAGGAGUAGCGAGCAGUCCCGUGUAGUUCCAGCCAAGAGUGACAUUGGUGCCGAUACGGAAGAGCGGGAUAUCGAAGGCUGCGGGUUUGGUCAUGACGACACGGCCAUUGCCAGCGUCAAAAGCAAAGUCGGUAUUUCUCUCGCUAGACGACGAAUCUCCUCCAUCACUGGAAGAGCCACCAUCCUUGGACGACGAAUCACCCUUGUUCUUGGGAGGAUCUGUAGGCUCAGGCUUGGCCGUGUUGCCGCCCGCCUUGUUGGAUUCCUGGGGCUUGGCCGUGUUGCUGCCAGCAUUAGUCUCUUUGGGCUUGUCGUUGUUGGAAGUCUGGCCCUGGCUGGGAGCAGCAGAGGCAGGGGCUAUUAAAAUCAAACAAGUCAGUAUAUAAUCCACCAGCAGAUUCCAUUUCAUUUCAUGACGUACGGUCAGCGCGGACUACCACAACAUUGUUUACUUGGCCGGUACUGUGCCCGGGCCAGGCAGCGGCAAGCGGUGCUACCGAGUAAAGGGCAGCUGCCAGCUGAAGAAGAGGAAGAGCAGGACGCAUAUUGACGGAUUCUGUAUCGAAAAGAUGUCGUGUAUAGUAUUAACGUUGUCUGUCUUCCUUUUUUCUGUUGUUCGGCGUGUCGAAGCAAGCGAGCGUUACUGUUUACCAACGGUAAAAAGUAUAAAAGCGAGAAGUAUGAUUUAAAAAAAAAUGGGUUCGGAAGCGAGAGACUGAGAAAAGCAAGAGAAUGAACAAGAAAAAUUAAAAUAAAGCUUCGUGAGCCUGCGACAGGAACAGUUGAACAGUGUUGAAAAAGAGAAGAGGAAGAAAAGAAAGAGGAGGUGAAAGGAGGCGCGGGCCAGAAAACAGUGGCCAGGGGUUUGGGACGCGGGCCGUGCAGCCCAGCCCAGCAAAUAUUUUUAGCGGCCUUUUCGCUCGCCUUGUAGCGCACUGUACGGCCCCUAACGCCCACUGUAAACGCUGCGUGCAUGAGUCCUGCAGCCAGUCGCCGUGCUCGCAAUAGUGGGGCCUGGCGCACCUCUGCUAAAUUUGGGUGUCUCACUCUCGCCUGGCGCCAGGCACCACAGCGCUGCUAGCCCACGCUACGAUACGCUAACGCUGCGCUGUAAUUUCACGAUAGUGGGAAUGCUGGACCCAACAGUGCGCGACUGUCUUUACGCGCGGUACAUUCCCGCCGCUGCUACACAGAUGGAAGAAAAAUACAUAAUAAAGAAACCAAGUCCUCAAUCCAGCACACACGAGUGGCGAAACAUACGACUUGCACAUCGUAUGCAAGAUAUUCGGGUGGCAGGGUCUUCGGAGGCGUUGUUAUCUCGUAUUAGCUGCAUAAAGCACGUGAUCUCGUGUUAGGCUAAGUCGCCAUGCACUGUGUUUGCUUCUUGCGGCUAUGCGAUUUAUGCGUACCAUCAAGGGCGGAUUGGGCCAAUCAUGAGGAAUAGAAACUAACGUCUAAUUUAAUUAUGCAAAGGAUCAAAGAAAAGGGAUUGAAAAAGGAAGGAAAGGAAAAAGUGUAAGAAACGUGGAAAUAGCGGUCGAUGUGAAUGUCUGGCGAUACUCACGCUAGACAUACACUAGCCAUUGAGACAUGGCACGUAAAUCAUCGACACGUAGCCCUGCUUCUUCUAGAACACACAUCUCAAAUCUGCGUAGUGCACAGCAUGUUGUUGAACUCUUUGUAGAUACACAAAAAAAUGAAUAACGCUGGUUUACUACACUACCGCCGUCAUCCCUAUAAAACUAUAAAGUACAGUAGAAGUGGCCUAUCGCUUUGCCCCCUCAUUCGUAAGGCUCUGCAGAUAGCCGAGAAGGAAGCUUUCGUCGGCGGGAGAGAUGGGUGUCUCGCUUCCACGGCGCGAUCCGUCACCCAUAGACGCCAGAGACGAAACUCUGGUCUUACUGGGCAUAUGCUCCAUUGGCGUGCCUUGCGCAAUCUCAUGGACCAUGUCCUGCGGGCCAGAGCGCUGGCUGUUGCCAAACAAGGAGAGAAGCUGCUGCUUCGAGUCUGGGCCACCAAGCCUGGCUCCUCCAGCCCCCGGGCCCUGGUAGUUGGGAGGGUAGAUUGCGUGAGGUGAUGGGCCGAGGCGGGCCUGCUGGGAUGGGGGUGGGAUAAGUCCAUGAGCUUCAGACGACGGGCGAGAUGGCGUUCCGAGCAUGGCUCCAAUGCUUGCGUUGGUGUUGGCAUUGGAGGCUGGCCUAGGCGGUGCGGGCUGUCGCGGCUGCUUGGAGAUAAAGAGCUGGUCUAGCGAAAUCGAUGCGCCUUGUUGUUGCUGAGGAGGAGCCGGCAUUGCAUGGGAUGCUUGAGGGGGGAUGUUGUUGCCCUGCUGCAGGAACUGAGGAGGUGGUUGCAUCAAGUGCAUAAAUUCGUUGUUCGGAGCAUACUGUUGUUGAUAUUGGGGUUCUCCAGGAUAGAUCUGCUGUUGCUGUUGCUGUUGCUGUUGCUGAGGUGCGCUCUUGGACUGCAGAAUAGACAACAGCGCGCCAGCCUUAUCCUGGCGAGUAGCUGCCUGCUGGAGUCCCUGAGUAGGCGGUUGCACCUUAAGCAGCCGUUGCAAUUCUUGUGUGGCUCCAUCAAGAGUCUCGAUUGGCGGAAUCUGGGAUCUCGCGCCAUCUCGGCCAGGAGCCCAUGUGUCGUCCUCAGUGGCGGCAUCGUCGACGGACAUUUGCGCCUGCUGCAUGUUGUAGUGGGUGAUCCCGAGCUUCUUUUCGUCCUGUUUCUUCUGUGAGACAAUCCACUUCUUAAGAGGUACCAAAAAUGGCGCCACCAUGUAGAAUUUAUUGUUGCCGACAUGCGCGCCAUCGUUUUGGGCUUGGGCCGUCUUCUUGCGGAACGUGGGGAGCUCAGAGAGCUUGUACCACUGGAUCUUGCUGAUCUCCUUGCGGGUUCUCGGCUGGAAGUUUGUGUCCAUGGGCACAUCGCGAAAUACGUAGAGGCGCAGUUGCUGCUCGCGCAUGUUGAUUUCAAUGUAUUUGGCUUUGCCUUCGGGGACUAGGCCUGCUUCGCGAAGCUCGAGGCCGGUUUCUUCAUAGACUUCGCGGAUGGCGCAGUCCAAGUCGUCCUCAUCCUUGUUAAUCUUUCCCCUAGGAAAGCUCCAGUUGGCGCCCUUCUUCCAGCCCUUGACGAGGACACAUGAGUCCAUUUCAUGAUUGAGGAGGAUGGCGCCGCGGACGGGGAUUCGUGUUUUAUAUUGUAGGAAUUCUUCAAACGCUUUUGUGUGAUUUUCGACGGAAAAGGACGCUAAUAACGGGCAAUGCUGGAAUAUGCGCAAGCAAAAGACCCGUAACGAGAGGGAUGGGAGGGACGGGUCAAGUGGUCGGAUAAAAUCUUCGUAGAACCAUUGCGCUUCUUCCACCUGGAAGCACAAGCGCGCCACCGAGGAGAGAUCCUCCUCGGGGAGGUUGAUAAUGAAGCGGACGCAUAGAUCGUCCAACCCUAU